UUCCUCCUACUCCUCCGUUACAGUAGAAGAUCAGAUUCACACACACACAUAUGGAUUCGACGAACCUAGAGCCAAUCAAUAGAUGUCACGUGGUGGCCUUGCCAUAUCCAGGAAGAGGACACAUCAACCCUACGAUGAACCUCUGCAAAUUACUAGUUUCACGGAGCGACGAUCUUCUGAUCAGCUUCGUCGUCACGGAGGAGUGGCUCGGCUUAAUCGGCUCAGAGGCCAAGCCGUCUAACAUUCGGUUCUGCACAAUCCCCAACGUCUUACCUUCCGAGCUGGUCCGAGGCGCCGACAUUGUCGGCUUCAUCGAAGCUGUUUUGACCAAGAUGGAGGAGCCGUUCGAGCAGCUCCUGGACCGGCUGGAGCCGCCGCCAACCAUCAUCGUGGCUGAUGUUUUUGUUUUGUGGGCGGCUAAGGUCGGGAAUCGGAGGAAUAUUCCGGUGGCUGCGCUUUGGCCCAUGCCGAUGUCGGUGUUUUCCAUCUUUUACCAUUUUGACCUCUUCGUGCAGAACCAGGAUUAUCCUUUUGACGUGUCCGAAAAAGGAGAAAAGCGAGUGGGUUACAUUCCCGGAAUAUCAUCAAUCCGUCUAGUAGACCUACCUACAACUUUCUACAAAAACCAACAACUCUUGCACAAAGCUGUCAAAAUGAUUUCUCACAUGCCCAAAGCACAAUUUUUCUUGUUCACCUCCAUAUUUGAGCUCGAAGCUCAAGUCAUCAAUGCUUUAAGACCAAAAUUGUCAAUGCCCAUGUACUCUUUUGGCCCUCUAAUACCUCAGUUCACACGUGGAGGCAAUGCUUCUGAUCAUAUGACUAGCCACAAUGACACCAACUACUACUACAAAUGGUUAGAUUCUCAACCGCAAGGCUCUGUUUUGUACAUUUCAUUGGGGAGUUUCCUUUCUGUUUCAAGUGCCCAAAUGGAUGAAAUUGCAGCUGGGUUGGGCGCUAGUGGUGUACGGUUCUUGUGGGUGGCGCGUGGGGAAGCUUCGAGAAUAAAGGAUGCUUGUGGAGAUGCAGGAAUUGUAGUGCCUUGGUGUGACCAAUUGAAUGUCUUGUGCCAUUCUUCGAUAGGGGGAUUUUUGACUCAUUGUGGAUGGAAUUCGACUAUUGAAAGUGUUUUCGCAGGCGUCCCAAUGCUCACUUUUCCUAUACUUGUGGAUCAAGUCCCAAUCAGUAAGACCAUAUGUGAAGAUUGGAGGAUUGGUUGGAGGGUCAUGAAGAGGGAGGGGGGAACGGAAAAUUUGGUGGGGAGAGAGGAAAUUGCUAACCAUGUGAGGAGGUUCAUGGAUUUGGAAAGUCGAGAGAGAACCGAAAUGGAUAGAAAAGUAAAAGAACUUCAGGGGAUGUCUCGACAAGCAAUUGCAAAAGGAGGAUCUUCUGAAGUCAGCCUUAGUGCUUUCAUUAAGGACAUUUCACAAUUGACAAGCUAAUUUACCUACUGUGUUAGAUUUGAAAAAAGCUUUUGUCUUGGUUGAUUGCUUAGUAAAUUAGGUCGUAGCUAAAACCCCUUUUUUUUUUGUGGUGGAGCGUGAGAUUAGAUUAGUGUGAAUUAGUCUUAGGCUGGCCAUGUCUGGGUCACAUUCUGUAGUGCCUUGAGAUUUAAAGAAGUUGUUUCUCAAUUACUAAUUCCAUCGAUACACAGUUUUGAAAUUAUUUUAUAAAAAAUUGAAUAUUUGCCUAAGAAAAUAUUCAUAUGACACAC